AGUUACACAGUUGCAGAUACAGUUGGAAUUUGAAUUUGGUGGCGUGGCUUCUUGAAUGCUGAUAAUCAGCCUGUUUUAGUGUCGAUUAAAUGUGAAAUGAAAAUCAAUGUUACAUUUAACCAAAUGAAGUGUUUAUCAAGUGUGGAUAUCGACUAACAAGAAAAUCAGCCAAGAGAUAAGAUACUGGAACUUGCCACAAAUUUAUGUGGACGCAUAAAGCAAUGUGAGGCGGCGAGUAAUAAAAAUUAAUUAGAAAAUAUUUCACGUCAAACGUCGCGACGUGGUAUAAAAAGAAAAAUACUUCUAGUAAAGAAAGCGCACAAAAGUAUGCAAUAGAAAAAAGGCUUGUGGUUCGCUUUUCGGUUCGGGGUUCGGUGGUUAAUUUCUAAUUAGAGGCGCCACCAAGUAGCAGCAAAGCAGCCGCUCAACAAAGGAAGCGAGCAUAAGUAUUUGAGCAUAAAAUAAACUGCAGAUUGAACAAAAGAACGCUGGAAGAAGAAGUCCGGACCUUAUGCAAAGUAUAAUGAAAACUUAAGGGGAAUAUACGAAACAGAUUUCGCACACCACAAACGACAGAAAGAGGGAGAGAGACAGAGAGGGAAAGAGAAGUGUCAGAUAACUCCAGGUUGAAGAGGAGACAACUACAACUACAAGGAACCAAUUUGAUUACAACAGAGUGCUCACUCGCUCUAUAGGUGGCACUCACUUUGGCUCGCUUUGGCCCAAAACAAUGAAAAUAUUUUCGCGUAGCAUGCGUCACACGGCCAUGCCACAACGGCAACGCGGCAAGCAGACGGCGUUGAAAAUGAAUUGCCCCAUUUUGAUUGUAAUUACCCUCGGAUGGCUGUUGCACGCACAGUGCCACCACACCGAUGUUGAUGCCGCAAUUUCAAAUCGAGGUAGCAACACUCGCUCGCUGAGCAAUGGGGCACAGUCUUUGGCUGCCUCGUCGUCAUCAUCAUCGUCGAUGACGGCGCCGCAGCCACGUUUCCUUUCGCGUGGCAACACCUAUCGCUCUGUGGUUGGCGACACUCUGGUCCUGCCCUGUCAGGUGGAGCAUCUCGGCAAUUUUGUGCUUCUGUGGCGCCGCGGCACAAAUGUGCUCACCGCCUCGAACAUCAUGGUAACAAGGGAUGACCGCGUAAGACUGAUAGAUGGUUAUAAUUUAGAGAUAUCUGAUUUGGAGCCACAAGAUGCCGGGGAUUAUGUUUGUCAAAUCAGUGACAAAAUUAAUCGUGAUCAAGUGCACACUGUUGAGAUUUUGGUGCCUCCCAGUGUUCGUGCCAUCCCGACAUCAGGUCAACUGCAGGCACGCAAAGGCGGACCCAUUACUUUGGAGUGCAAGGGAUCGGGUAAUCCGGUGCCAUCUAUUUACUGGACCAAAAAGAGUGGCACUGGCAAAUCGACGGCUCGCAUUGGCGAUGGACCCAUUCUGACCUUGGACAAACUGGAGCGACAACAAGCUGGAGUCUAUCAAUGCACCGCCGAUAAUGGAGUCGGUGAUCCGGUCACUGUUGAUAUGCGGCUUGAUGUGCUGUAUCCGCCGGAUAUUCAAGUGGAAAAAUCAUGGAUACACUCGGGCGAAGGAUUUGAGGCGAAACUCGUUUGCAUUGUUUACGCUGAUCCAGUCGCAACGGUAUCGUGGUAUCAGAACUCGUUCCCCAUUCAAACAACCGAUAGGCGAAUUAUGAACACAAGAGCCAAUCGACACACGCUCACCAUACGACACAUUCAGCAGGAGGACUUUGGCAACUACAGCUGCGUGGCAGAUAAUUCGCUCGGACGUUCACGCAAAUAUAUGGAGCUAUCUGGUCGACCGGGACCUGCUGAAUUCUAUUCACCCAAAUGGGGACGUUCCUCGGAUAGCUACAAUCUGACAUGGAAAAUUGAUAGUUACCCGCCGCUGGAGGAAGUGCGUCUGCUCUACCGACGAGUGCUCAUGAACGACACAUUCCAGCAGCCAGGCAGAUGGCAUGAUUUUAUACUCACGCCAGAACAUCGUCCAGCAACGGAGCCUCUAACACAUAUCAUGUCCUACACCAUUAAACAUCUGCAUCCAGGUGCUUACUACGAGGCGAUUGUUCAGGCCAAGAAUCGCUACGGAUGGAAUGAGGUCAGCGAUAUAUUUCAAUUUAUUGUCGCCAGCAACAGCCUGGACAUAGCCCCGGAGGACGCUGAAGUGGUUGCAAGUUCGAAGUCGCGCAGCAACAGUGGCUCAGUGAGCAGCCUGCCCCACGCCCUGCUCUUCCCAGUCACACUGCUCUUGGCCUUUGCCUUGCGUAAUAGCCAAUUCGACAGACUGCGACUUGGCUUGGGGUAAGCAACACACACACACACACACAGCAUACAUCGAACACUCGUCCCACACAUAAAACAAAACAGCAAAAGAGAGAGAUGGCAGAGGAAAUCUUAUAAAGUCACAUGUGUAUUUGGAAGUUGGUUUAAAGUGCUGGCAAAGGCCAAGAGACAACAACUUGUAAACUAUCCAGACAACUAAGAGAGAGAGUGAGCCUCCUCUUCACUUUGAUUUUUGUUUUACCUUCUUACUGCAACUGCCACUGCAACAAAAAAAAAAAAAAGAAAAAGUCCAAAAAGUCCCUCGAGUCCUACAGCAAACUAACCAAAGAUACAACAAACAAAAACAAAACCAAAAUAAAAAAAUAGUUUUUAGUGAAAUGAAUGAAUGUAAAAAUUAUGCAAACAAAAAACCCCAAAUAACCAAAUAAUGUAAAUAAUUUUUCAAGCAUUUUCUCAGCGUUUUAAUUAGCAUUUGAAAUAACACAAACACACACGAAAUAAGGAAAUAAAAUGAUUGCAACUAAUGAAAAAUAGAAAAACAGAAAAUGCAAAUACCAAAAUAGCAAAAAUCCCCCAUUAUGAAAGAGUCGUGUUAUUCUGUUCAUGGAUAAUCCAGUUUGAAGUAGGUCAUGUAAAUAUGCAUUAGAUAUUUGAAUGUGAAUUACAUUUUACUCGUACUUUAUAAAAAUAACUAUUAAAACAGAAAAACAAAAACAGAAAUACAGCAAAAAAACAAAAAAAAGAAACUACAUCGCGUAAAUAAUAAAUGUAUGUAAAUUAAGCAAACAUUCUAUAGUGAUAUUAUUUAGUUUAAAAUGGAAUCAAAUCAUAAAAAAAACUACAAAACAAAAAAAAAAAAAAACAAAGACAACCUAUGAAUAGCGAAUGCAACACCACUGUAAAAUGUUAGCAAUAAGAGUGUGUAAUUUUUCAUAAUUCUGUUUCAAUUUCUGUUUGUGCAUUUGCAAUAUUUUAUUUAACUUUUGUUGAGAGUGUUUUCCUCACGUUCAUUUGUUUGUUGUUUUUUGCGCUCAGCUUAGAUUGUAAGUGCACCGAGAACAUCAAUUUAGCAUAACGUUUUCAAUGUAAAUUAGAAUUUAAGCAAACAUGUUGUACCACCAAUAGCAAGAACUCUAAAGUAAAAAACCAUAAAACAUAAUAUCGAGAAUACCAAAUAAAUACCGCAAAUUAA